AUGGCCGACUUCGCACCCCCACCAGGACCUCCCCCACCAAAAGUACCAGAAGGCUGGAAAGCCGUCUGGAACGCACAGUACAGCGAAUGGUUCUACGUCAACACCUACACCAAGCAGUCGCAGUGGGAACAGCCCACGCAGCCCGCCCACGCACCUGGCGAUGCGCCACCUCCAGGCGCUCCCCCGGGCUAUUCACACCCCGGCAGCGGAGCCGUCGGAGGCCAAUCCACCGGCGCAAGUGAGAAGGGCAGCUUCGGCAGCAAUAACCCGUACGCAAAUAUAAGCGACGACGAGGCUUUUGCGAGGAAAUUACAAGAAGAGGAGAAUGCGCGUGCGAAUGCUCACGCUGAUGCUUCGCGCGGUCAGUCAAACGACUACUACAACAACCAGUCGGGUCAGGUGCAACCACCACAGUAUGGCGCUUAUGGCCAGCAGAACCCGUACGUCCAGGGACAGUACCAGGAGCAGCAAACACAGGAUAAGAGUAGUAGCAAGGGUAAAGGCUUUCUAGGCAAACUUCUCGGCAAGGCAUCUGGCUCGUCGUCGUCGCAUCAACAACCACAGCAGGUCGGAUACGGCCAGCCGGCGUACGGUCAUGCGGGCGCAGGGGGUUACUACGGCGGUGGACACGGUCAGCCUAUGGGUGGCGGUAUGCCCAUGGCCGGAGGCAGGCGUCCGGGAGGUGGCGGCAUGGGAAUGGGUGGUAUGGCUCUUGGAGCUGGAGGUGGUUUACUAGCCGGUGGGCUCAUGGGUUCUGCAAUGGCUGGUGAUGGUGGCGAUACUUAUGUCGAGAACAACUAUGGUGAUGACGGUGGUAUGGACGGAGGCGAUAUGGGCGGUGGUGACAUGGGAGGUGGGGAUAUGGGCGGUGACAUGGGAGGAGGAGACUUCUGA